CAAUGAAGACCCAUGGCCAGUAAAGGCUUCAUAUACAAACUCACACAUCACUAAGCUUAAAUUUCAAACUUCUCUGCAAUAGUAUGGAGGAAAAGCUUCAUAAUCCUCUCUUCUUAUUUCUCAUCCCAAUCACUACAAUUGUUGAACAGCCCUCCACCAGAAAACCCAUCUAAUACUGGAUCCUGAUCAUAGGGGAACCACGCAGCCACCGCAGUAGUUUCAGCACAGAAGAUCUUAGCUUGAUCAGCUCCAGUUACCUAAUUGAAGUUCUCAGAGCGAAUUCUACGGUUUUCGCGUAUUUUUUUUACUUCGAAUUCAUUUUAGUGAUCUAACUGAUGGUUUGAGCAAUCCAAGAGCUCUUUGAGAAGCUUAGACACUUUACAGUAAAGCUUGAGAUAGAGAAGCUUUCAUGGUUACAGACACAGGCAAGAGAAGUGAAAUGGGUGAAGUGAAUAAGGAGGAGAAAUUGCCACCGGGAUUUCGAUUCCACCCUACCGAUGAAGAACUUGUUACUUACUAUCUUAUCAACAAGAUCUCUGAUGCAAAUUUCACUGGAAAAGCAAUAGCUGAUGCUGAUCUUAACAAAAGUGAACCAUGGGACCUUCCAGGGAAGGCAAAAAUGGGAGAGAAAGAGUGGUAUUUUUUCAGUCUUCGAGAUCGAAAAUAUCCUACCGGAGUACGAACAAACCGUGCCACGAAUUCUGGAUACUGGAAGACAACGGGGAAGGAUAAGGAGAUCUUCAAUAGUGUAACCUCAGAGUUGGUUGGGAUGAAGAAGACAUUGGUUUUCUAUAGAGGGAGAGCUCCUAGAGGAGAGAAAACUAACUGGGUCAUGCAUGAAUACAGGCUCCAUUCCAAGACAACCUUCAGAAGUUCAAAGGAUGAAUGGGUUGUUUGCCGUGUCUUCCAGAAGAGUGCUGGAGUGAAGAAGUACCCUUCCAACCCAACAAGAAAUAAUCCAUACAAUCUUGAAAUGGGUCCAAGUGUCAUACCACAAUUUAUGCCAACUGACACGUAUCACUUCCCUAUUGGAAGAAACUACGGCAACCCUGAGCUGGCAGAGCUUGCAAGGGUCUUAAGGGUCUCCAAUAAUGGUGGGAGCAUUCCAGUCCAAUCUCACUUGAACUACCCAGGCUGUUUUACAAUAUCUGGUUUAAAUUUGAACCUUGGAGCUGGGUCGACUCAACAGCCAGUGUUCAGGGCAAUGCCACCACCACCAACCAUGAACCAACCUCUGGCGACAGAAGCAUCUUCCUCCAUGUUGGCCAAUGGCAUGCUUACAACUCAUGACACUGGCUUCAGUCAAGAAAUGCCCGCGCCUGGCCAUGGUAGGUACCAAAACAUGGACCAGUGUGUGGAUCUUGAGAGCUACUGGCCUUCAUACUAAGGAAGUCAGGCUUGAUAGAGAACAAGGAGAUGAGAUCGAAGCAGAAGCCAGAGGCCUCUUCCUGGGAUCAAAGUAGUCUUGCAAAUGAGAUAUGGAGAAGUAGAGAUCUGGACAGAUUCUUCUUCGAUAAUGGAGGCUUUGAUUCCGAAGAAUAUGGCAGAAGGCUGGCCGGGGGGAUGUUUUAGAACACUACUUGAGAUUCAUCUCUGUUGUUCCAGUUUCAAAACCUUGAACACAGAGUCUCUUAUGUAUGCUUUAGCUAGGAAUGGCAGAGAUCACAUCAGAGGGUAACAAAUUAGACAAAAAAGAAGAACAUUUCAUCAAUCAUCAACUAAUAAAAUCCUUGACUUUAUAAAGGAAUA